AUGCAAAUUAAGUCAAGACAAUGGAGUAGUUUAUCUUUCUUUGAGAGAGCCAUACAAAGAUGCGAAGGCAUUUUAUGGGAUAUCUGCUCUUUCCUAUUAAUUGAGGAUCUAAAGGAAUUAGAACAAUCAAGCCGUUGGAUACGUUUCUCAUUGGGAUUACUGAGUGACGAACCUAAUUUCCUAUUGGUAAAUAUUUGGAAGCGUGUUUUAACUGACCCUAUGUACUAUCCUUGUGAUUACCUAAAAUCAAAUAAUAUAUAUAAGCUAAAUAUUGAAAUGAUUCACCCAAAAAACUAUAGACUCAUAUCGCUUGCACUCCAAGGAGGAGGAUGGAGUAAAAGAGCAAUAAUUAUCAAAGAUAAGUUGUUUAAUGGAAUACUUGGAACACCGAUAAACUCUAUGAAAAUAUAUAGAAAAAGAAAAAUAACAUCUACUGGUUUUUCCACAAUAUUAGCUCCAGUGAAGAACAACUCAUUUCUAGUAAACAAGAUGUCAAAUCGUUCAACAUUUAUAUCUCCAUUCUUAAAAAAAAAAGUAUAA